AUGUCAUACCCAAUUGGUAAGAUUUCUCUAUCAGACAUAUUGCUGUUGAGCCAAGUUUCAGUCACGAACAUUACAUCAAUCGAAUCUGAGUAAACCAGCUCUUGAAACUUGAUGAGAUUGGAAAUAUGACGAUUCUCCUGCGUAAGGAAGGUCUUUUUCAAACUCCUUGCAUUCAUGUACAUGCAAAACAAGCUGGAAUGUUUUUGUUCAGUAUUCGGUUUACGCGAACCGAAGUUACCACUGCUAGUUGAAUUAAUGUUAGUCAUUGUUGGUCCUGGAUUAAUUGGGAUGAAUCUCUCCACACAUCAACAAAUGUGAGGACAAAACAGUAGGAUUGAAAGUUGUUUGGCAGUUUGAAUAAUAGUGAAUUCUACGAUUCAAAUAUUUACUUUGGAUAAAAACAACAAAGCGUUUCCGAUUGUUUAUGAUACAAUGACUCGAACUCUGAUACUUCAGCGAACUCUAGUGACUCGAACUCUGAUACUUCAGAAUGUACCAUCUCCAGCAUCACCUUAACACCCGAGGAAGUUUACCACGUUCUUACUGUUCUCGAUGAAGACAAAGCCACUGGCCCUGACAAAAUACCAGCGAAACUCCUCAAAAACUGUGCGUCCAGUAUUUAUUUAUCGCUAUGUGAUCUCUUCAACAAGAGUUUAUCUCUGGGUAAACUUCCAAAUGAGUGGAAACUCUCCAAUAUUGUUCCAAUCCCAAAGAAAGGUCCAGCUGACGAUGUAUCAAACUAUCGACCAAUAUCUCUGUUGUCCCUGGUCUCCAAAGUCUUCGAACGUUGCGUCUACAACGUACCAACUCGUAUCACACAUUUCCACUCAACUACACCAUCUACAAUUCGGUUUCCUCAGAGGCAAGUCAACCACCUCACAGCUUCUGUUCUCCAGGAUAUUCACCAAGCGUUGGAGAAUCGAAACCAAGUCGACGCUGUGUAUUUGGACUUUGCAAAAGCGUUUGACAAGGUUAGUCAUAAGCUUUUGUUGACUAAACUUCACAAGUUUGGAAUAACAGGUGACCUACUAAGUUGGUUUGAAAAUUAUCUCUCCGGCCGCUACCGAAGAGUCACUGUUCUGGGUGAGACCUCGGUACACUCCCUGUACUGUCUGGAGUUCCUCAGGGAUCAAUCUUGGGGCCCCUCCUUUUCCUAGUAUAUGUGAACGAUCUUCCACAUUCCACCUCGGGCGAAUCAACUGUGGCAAUGUUUGCCGAUGAUACCAAGUGCUACCGUCCGGUGAAAGAUUUACCCGAUUGCGAAAGUCUGCAGAAUGAUCUCAAUAAUCUCGUGAACUGGUGUACUAUCUGGAAGAUGGACUUAAAUAAGUCUAAAUGCGGAGUAAUGAGCUUCACAAGAAGUCGUCAACCGGUCACAACAAAUUAUAAACUACUGGAUAGUUCUCUGAAGCAACUAUGUCAUCAAAAAGACCUUGGGAUUGUUGUCACAAAAGAUCUCAAGUGGACGAAACAGGUUGAAGAUAUAACAUCAAAAGCGAGCUCAAUGCUAGGCUUCAUUCGUCGAACAGCCUCCGACACGCAUAACAUCCACGUGCGAAAGGUGUUGUACCUGUCCUUAGUGCGCAGCAAGUUAGGAUAUGCCAGCCAGGUGUGGGCACCUCAAACUGUCAGCGACAUACUGUCAAUAGAACGGGUUCAACGUCGCGCGACCAAAUUCAUCCUUUCCCUUCCUUACAGAACAGCCACAGCAUACAGGGAACGACUACUGGUUAUCGGUAUUCUCCCGGUCUGCUAUUGGCACGAAUUUCUAGACUUAGUUUUUCUUUACAAGAGUAUUCUAAGCAACGAUGUCAAUGUGUCAAUACGAACAACCACCCGGACGACUAGAAACGCUGACCCUGUCAAUGGUAUUCUUCUUAAUGUAUCUCGAUGCAGGACAGUUAGCUACAAGAACAAUUUCUAUGUGAGAGCGCCUAGCGUAUGGAACAUUCUCCCUAGCAAUAUUCGUGACACGUCAUGCAAGAUCAUUAGCUUACUUUAAAAUCUCUUUAUUCAAUUACUACUUAAACCUUUUAGAACAAAUAUACAACCCGGACAAUCCUAGAACAUUUAAGUCCGUGUGCGUCAAAUGCCACUCAACUCGGUCUCUUGAUAGUUUAUUAGUGAGGACAUGUUGUUGACAUUUUAGCAUAAUUUGUUUUAAUGUUAUAUAUUGUAACUUAUUGUGAGGGGCCCCAUAAUUGGAGAUAAUCUCUGUGGCUAGUCCCUGCCCGAAUUGUAUGUAAAUUUUGUAAAGUAUUAGUCUUAUUUAUGUCUGUUAUGUUUGGCGAAUCUUGUAAAAUAAAAUAAAAUAAAAUAGUACACAACAGUUUACACAAUUUUCGUAAAGAGCUUAGAAAUAGCUGCCAUGUUAAAUCUUGAGUAUGUAGAUCUUGUGUUUGAUGAGGUCAUAUAUGCGAAGGCCCAACAGAUUCGCUGGAAGAAUGAAAGUUUUAUGGUCAAAUCUAUUUUGCGUCUUGGUGAUUUCCAUGUAGUGAUGAGCUUUUGUGGAGCGAUAUCAAGGAUCUUUCAAGAUGCAUAAUUAUGGGAACCACUCAAUGUUUUUAUAAAAUACAAAAGAACAGUAACUCCGAAUAACAUUUUGUUUUGAUUUAUUGAAUCUACGUUUCGACUUGAUUGUAGUCAUCUUCAGGAUUAGUGUAAGAUUACAAAUGCAGCUAUAUAUAAAGAGAAGAAAAGGCGGAGCUUAAUGUCAGUGAAAUAUGAUCAAUUCUUUAGAUGCUUUAGCGCCGUGGUUUAGUUCCGGGUUUCGCCUCCGUAUAGCAAAAGACUCUUUAUACAAUAACAGAGACCAGUGAUCAGACUUGUCAAUUAUUUUACAGUUGUUGAAAAUUAGUAUAGGUAAUCACACGGGAAGGAGUGCAAUUUAUGAUUAACACUACGAGUGAUAUUUGAAAAAUGUGCCAAAAUCGCUUUCUUUACAUUUCAACUGCGUUUUGUCAAGAGUUUUUAAUUCUUUUGUAAGCAAUUUGUUAUAAUCAAACUUGGGAAAUGAUUAUAAACUCAUAAAGGCACAUAAUUUAAACUAGAACACAAAAUUCAAACUCAAACAACAUAUUUUAGACUAAGAACAUCUUUAUAAAUUGUAUUUCAAACUUACAUAGUUACGUUUCGCUGCAUCCCGCCAAGAUUAUUACUUAAGGCUGUUUCGAGGUAUUUUUCCACAGGCUCUUUUUGCCAUACAAUGUUUCUUAAACUCAUUCUUGUGCCAAAAUUCAAUUAAAUUCGUCUACAUAUGUUAGAAAUAUUUAUCUAAUUUUCGCCACCAUAUUGGAUUUUGUUGUUUUGAUUUCCCGCUCCCCCCAGCCAUCACGAAAAUCAUUAAUUGCACUCCUGGAGAGUGCAAUUAAUGAAAUAAUUGCACUCCUCUUAACCAAUCAGAUUGCAGUAAUUUUGUCAUGUAUAUAAUAAAUUGAGCAAUAUUAGUGUUUAUACGGUUAAAUGCGUCAGGUGAGAGUUCCAUAAGAGUUUUAAUGUAUUGAAAAUAUUCAAAGGAGUUGAUGUAAGCGUUGAUCUCCGAGUUUUCGCGCGUGCUAUGUUCUUUUAAACGCGUGUAGAGACAGCGGUCCGUUUUGCCAAUAUAAACGCUUCGGCAGCCCGGGCAUGAAAAUUCAUAAACCACGAAGCUUUUAUAUUUGUCCGGCGUCUUGUCUUUGCAUGACAGGAAGCAAUUCCAGUUCGUGGUUCGCCAGUUGAAAAUAAACUUACACGGACUCUUUAACAAACGGCGUGUUUUACUCAUAAACUUAUUUGUCAAGGUCUUGCCAUAAUUGCCAAUGAACGGUAGUCUUAUCCAUAUCUUGGGUAGGUUGUCUGGGAUAGUACUAUCUGCUUGGUCGACGUGCGUGAUGUUAUUAUGUGUUUCUGUGCGUGGUGUAAAGGAUUUAAUUAGCUUUUUAGCAAGGUUAUGAGAGAAACCGUUUCAGGAUAUAAAUUCUUUGAUGGCCUUGAGUUCAGUAUGCAGUAGCUGUGGAUUGCUGCAAAUUUUAUAUGCGCGGUUCACUAAGGCUCUAAUCCAUGCUGUUUUGCGUGACCAUGGGGUAAAACUUGAUAAGUGUGUGUAUUGGCCGGUAUGUGUAAUCUUACGAAAAAUAGUUAUGUCCGAGGUAUUCAUCUUUAGGUCGAGAAAUUGCACAUUGUUGUCAGGAAAAUCUUCGAAGGUAAACUGGAUUUGAGGGUGAAAUGAGUUAAACGUUUGUAUUAUUUUCGGCAUAUCAGAAGGUUUAGCUAGGACUAAAGUAUCAUCAACAUAGCGGGCGUAAAAUUUGAUAAUGUUCGAGUCGAUUAAGUGGCGUACAAUUUCAUUUUCGAAGUUAGUCAUGAUGAUGUUAGCAAGGGUAGGGCCAAGUGGAGAACCCAUGGCUACGCCGUCGACUUGUUUAAAGAGUUCGCCGUUUAUCCAGAAGGGAGUCUUGGUGCAACAGUCAAGCAGUAGUUUCUUCAACGUUCGUUUCUCCAGGGUUGUGUUAAGUUGUUUCUUGUUGUAAAUUCUAUCUAGAAUUAAAUUGAUGGUUUUCUUAAGGGGCACAUUCGUAAAUAGGGACUUAACGUCGAACGAAACAAAUCUAUACCCGUCUCUGAAUAAAGGUUUUGUGGUUUUCCGUCUCUGAAUAGGUUUUCUCGCAUCCGGAACAUACCAGAAAACGAAUGUGCCCCUUAAGAAAACCAUCAAUUUAAUUGCAUGUAAAUUAAAAAGUAAUUGAACAGAGGUUAAUCUCGAACUGCCUAAAACUAAUCAUUUAUAUAACACAAGACGCAGAGAUGAUAUAUACAUCUGUAAGCCGAAGACAAACUGGGGAAAGCAAUAGCUACUUUACCAGGCUUGUAUAAACGAUUUGAACUAUAACACUAGAUCCAUUGAACAAUUAGGAACCUUCAGGAAUGAACUUCUUAAAUCACUAUCUUUAUAAUACUCAUAACUAUUUAAAAUAUGACUUACUAACUCUUUGUAUCCUUGUAAAUAUGUAUAGCAUCAUGUAUCUUAUAUAAGUCUCAUAAUUUUCUGGGCAUAUUAUAUAUAUAUAUAUAUAUAUAUAUAUAUAUAUAUAUAUAUAUAUAUAUAUAUAUAUAUAUAUAUAUAUAUAUAUAUAUAUAUAUAUAUAUAUAUAUAUAUAUAUAUAUAUAUAUAUAUAUAUAUAUAUAUAUCCAUAUAUACCAAUAUGUACCAAUAUGUAAAUACUGCACGCGCACUAUAUAUAUUUUCUAUACUUUGUAUUUCAAUGUUUUGAAGGAACCAUCUGAAAAACACUUCUUGUGAUGUUGGUUUCCUGAAUAAAUAUUAUUAUCAUACAUGCUUGGUCUUCUAAAGUUUAGAAUGUUGUAUUAUCUUCGUUAUAGUUUUAAGAAAUUCAGUCUUACAGUCUUUCACUAGCUUAUAUAAUCUUCUAUCCCUGGCCCAAAUUUGUAUUUAACUUUUUGUAAAAAGACUUUGUCGAAUGUAUUUAUUAAAUUUGUUUAUAGUAGAUUUAAAGUUGCGCGUAUGUCACACGCGCGCGUGGGAAUGUUUCUGCAUGCGCCAACAGUUAAAACCAUUUUUGGCCAUGAUUCUUUAGUUUAAAUAUUGUUUUAAAUCAUGAUCAAUUUGAUUUUUACAUAAAUGUCUUGAUGUUUCAAAACUAUUAAAGGGGCAGGUUAAUUUCAAUUCCGGAACGAACAGAUCAUGAUGUAAACAACCGGAAAGCUUCUCUAUAUUACUUAGCUUAAAAAUUGGGUACGAGCAGUUGCGAGAAACAUUGCAUGCGAGAUUUAAAUAAUGUUGGCCAUCUGUUUUGAAAAUUUUUAAAAUAUAAACUUAGUGGUGUAUUUAGCCUUUUAAUUUGUUUUAUUUGUUUUUUUUCAGACAUCAACGAGUGUCUGACAACACCCGGGGUUUGCGCCGCAAAUUUGGAAUGUCGAAAUCGCUACGGAAGUUACUCUUGCUUCUGUCAAUUUGGUCAGUGGCUUGUCAAUGGUAACUGUGCAGGUAUGCAUUAUGUUAACAUUUAGUGUGGCGUGUUUCAACAUUACAAUUUUGUUUGGUCGAUGUGGAGACCAAGAUGUUUCGUUUUGGUGGGAAAGGUUGUUCACUUUAUAACGCAUGACUUUGUUGAAUUGAAGAAGAUUUGAUUCCAAUUUAUUUGCGAACAAAAUUAGCUAUGUGUGUAAUGCAGAGAUUUAAAUUUUGGAGAAACUGAAUACCUAUCUUCUAUUUUCUUACGACUCUGUCCUAACUCAUCCUUCACAAAGAACCUUAAGUACAGAAGUCGAAAUAUGGAGAACAAAUACUGGAAGGAAUUAACAGCUAGUUGUUCUCAAUUCUAAUAAUUACCUGAAAUAUGACAAGAAAUUGACGUUCUUUCUAGAUCUCUAGUAAUCACUCAUGCAAGAUUAUUGUUCAUCUCCAGCAACAAUAUAAUGGAAACACAUGCAUGCUCGUUUAAUUCUAGGCCCUAUCUAAUAAUGCCCGUCCGUUUUAAAUGCAUUUUUUACAAAAAAUUCUUUAAUUUUCGCGCAACAGCGUGCCUUUGUAAGCUGAGAGCAUGCAGUCUUGCUUUGUGUAACACUCAUAUAUAAAUGGUAUUUGGUGCAAUCUUGCAAAAAUAAUUGUAUCUGCUUUACCUUCAAGCACACGACUUUGCCAUUGGGAGUGAUUAAUUCGUUGAAAUCCAACUGAAAAUUGGGGAGGGGUAAAACAUUGCCAGCAGAAUGUUUUCAACUAAGAUAAUCUACGAAACUUUUUCCAGCUAAUAUAAAUCUCUAUGUGAAUAUGUCUCCCACUUAAUUAAAUUGACAAGUGAUCUAAAAUCAACAACGCCAUUAGAUGGUGAUUUAUUAUCACACUUAUAUUUUUCUCCAAGUACAGUACCACGACGAAUCAUGAAAUAACGUCUCAGAGACCUAAAAUGCACUCUCUGUUUCUAGUGGAACAUGCGUGGGAUCAGGGAAUCCCCCCAAUAUUUUGGUUUACAAAUUGUAAUGCUUGCAUGGGGCAUCGAAUACUACGCAUGUGCUUGUCUUCCAGUAUUUUGAAAGCCCGAUCGGUUACAAAAUGCAGAGUUUCACUCGUCUGAGAUUUUGUUGCAACCUACGAAACUCCUUUUUGAUCUAACUAUUUUUCCGUAGAUGCGUAUGUUUACGAACUGGACUUUGUUGUACUGGAAGGCCUGGAUUAUAACGACGAUCUGACUGAUGACAGUAAAAAGUAUUUCUCCGACUCAUUAAUGGCCAUCGAGAACGCGGUAAGCUUUUAG